AUGCACACAAUUUUCCGACGAGCAUUCACCUCGCGCUCUGCGAUUCGUGCCCCACCAGCCCCCUCGUCGUCCUUGCCAAUCUCUGCCGCUCACCGCAGUAUCGCUCGUGCUGGCCGUGUCGCAAUGCUGCCCAAGGCGAGCGAGUCCUCCGCCAUUGCCGCUUCCGCCAGCCCUGCUAGCACCUUUGCCACCAGCGCGUCCGAGCAGAAUGUGCUGCCUGAGGUAGGCAGCAUCUCGGUCCCUGGCGAACAGCCCAACGUCCUCAGGGUUGGCGAGAGCGCCUAA